AUGGCAGCCGAUCUUCACCUCCCGCACCAGUUGACGGGAGUAAGUCAGAGUCUCACGGCCCAGUGCCACUGCAAGUCGGUGCACUUCAUCGUCACGGUCCCAACAUCGGCACUCCCUCUCCCCGUGCACCUUUGCCACUGCAGCAUCUGCCGCUACACGCACGGCACCUUCUCCUGCUUUCACGCGGUGCUGCCCAAGGGCGUCGAGCCCGAAUUCAUCGCGCCCUCGUCCAUAGCGUCUUCUCUCACGGGGUACAUCCACUCCUCGCGGGCCGUGUCGGAACGCUUCUUCUGCAGCACCUGCGGCUGCCACAUCGGCGACCGCGAUAUCCAACCAAAUCAAGACACGGGCAAACGCGAGUGGCGCGUGGCAACCUCCAUCUUCAGCAGCCACGGCGAAGACACCUUCCAGAUCCGCACCCACACCUUUGCCGACCCGGCCGGGCCCAACCUCGCGACCUGGCUGCCCACCAUCAACAACCGCAGUAUCCACAUUUGGAGCCCGGCCAAGGACGACCCCAAAUUCCCCCUUGCAUCCUCUUCCUCCGAACCCUCGCCUCCAUCACCAUCCCUAGACAGGGAGGGUGCCGGGGACGGGGACGGGGACGGGUUACUCGCGCAGUGCCACUGCAAGGGAGUAACCUUCACGCUCGCCGCGCCGUCGGCCUCGGAACUCGCCGACCCCUUUUACGCCCGCUUCAUCAGGCCGCCAAUCCCUAGUACUACUACUACUGGUACUAGUACCCGCCACAGACGGUCGGCCUGCAUCUGCCUGUGCAGCGACUGCCGGCUGGUGACGGGGUCGCACGCGGUGGCGUGGACGUUUGCGCCGCUGUCGAGCUUGCGGCCGGCCGUGCCCGAGGGGUUUGAAGGGUUCGGCACGCUCAAGGCGUACCGCUCCUCGCCGAACGUCACGCGCGCGUUUUGCCGCGUGUGUGGUGCGACUGUGCUGUACCGGGUGGAUAACCAUGAGAGGGUUCAGGAGGGAGACGUGGAGGGGCAGAGGAAAGUGAUUGUGGAUGUGGCGGUUGGGGUGCUGAGGGGGGAGGAAGGGGAAGGGCCUGCGUUUGAGAAGUGGUUGUACUGGCGGACCGGCCGGUUGGCUGGGUUGCAGAGUGGGACGGAAUUUGAUCAGGGCUUUGCGGAGGGGUUGAAGAAAGGGCUGAGCGAGUGGGUGGUGCGGAAGUAUGGCGCGGCGGAGGACUUUGAGAUUCCUGGCUGA